AUGGUCUGGGACUGGAGACGGCCGGAGGGAUGGCUCUGCAACGCGGAUUGCUUGGAGGAGACGCAGGCCGUGUUCGCUCCCGCGGUUAAUUGCUCUGAUUCGGGGAGUUAUUGCGUGCUGGUGUGCAGUGGACAUCGAUUGCGCUGUGUGAGCUUGAAUGCGGCCGCUUCGGCUUCUACACGGUCGAUAGCGGAUUUGAAAGCGACGAUUGCGAAUGCAUGCAUGAGUGAGGACGGGAACUUGAUAGCGAUGACAACGAAUCUGGGAGAUGUGCUGUAUGUAACGCACACGUCGAAGCUCGUUUUGAGUGGAAAGGAGAAGGUCACUGUGUUGGGGCUGGAUUAUGGGCAUAUCGAUGUGUUGAAUAAGGAGCAGGGCGUGCUGCGGUUAGGCAAGAGCAGUUUAAAUAUGAAUAAGACAAACAAGUCGGAUGCGUACUGGCUAACUUGCUGCAUUAGUGGUGAUCAGAAUCGAUAUAUUUUGGGCUAUGGCGGUGCGAACAAUGUUUUUGUUGUAGAAUGUAUAAAUUGUUUUUGUUUGUUUGAGUCGUUUAGCAUGAGCAGUUGGUCGUCUGCAAGGAACAGUAAAACACCUCCCAAAAUGAAAAGUAAGGAAGUUUGGACGAAACUCGACGACGAUGAGGAGGACGACGACGAUAUUAUAGAGGAAGAGCCUGAGAUUGAUUCCACACAAACAAAGAUACAGAUAGCCAAGAACAAGAUCAAGAACGUCUUUAUGAAGGAAGAGAAGGAUGAGAAAGGUGAUGAGAAGUCCUUGGGUGACCAGCUUAAAAAGGUAAUCCCUUUCGGCUUGUCUUCUGGAUGUAUGCUGGGUGGAAUGCUUAGUAUGCUGGAUAUAUACGGUGUUGUCACUAAAAAAGGACAAUCAAAGGCUACUAUGAUGCGAGCAGCGGCCCGUGCUGUUUCGCUCAACAUGCUCUCCAUGGGAGGUUUCUUCACCGUCUACCAAGUGGUGAAAACAACCAUGGAGGUCAAGCGAAGGAGCAGCGACUUCUACAACAACAUUACUGGAGUUUCGGUCGCUUUGCUUCCCUUCAUAAAAUUCCCCAACUUCAAGCAUUACGUCGGCUACGCGCUUCUCCUUGCCGGUUUAGAUACCUUUGGUGAUUGGAAGCGCUGGCAAGAGGCGAGAUCAUCUCAGUGCUUUGUUUUUUGGAACAAACAAGCCAUCGAGAGGCAAUCUUUGAUCGAAUUUCCUUGCAAAACACAGCGGAAAUCUCCUGAGGGUCUUGAAAUUGGGACUUCGUGUCCUCCAGAUUCCUGCAAAACUACGCCCUGA